AUGGAACCAGAAAACCAAACACAAGUUUCAGAAUUUAUCCUCCUUGGAUUUUCAGAAGAAGAAGAGCUUCAACCUCUCCUCUUUGGACUGUUUUUGUCAAUGUACCUGAUCACUGUGUGUGGGAAUCUACUCAUUAUUCUGGCCAUUAUUUCAGACUCCCACCUCCAUACCCCCAUGUACUUCUUCCUUGCCAACUUGUCUUCCACAGACAUAUGUUUCACCUCCACUACAGUCCCAAAGAUGCUACUGAACAUCCAGAUGCAAAGCAAAACUAUUACUUAUGCAGGAUGCAUCACUCAGAUAUAUUUUUCCUUGCUUUUUGGAGAGUUGGACAACUUCCUCCUGACUGUGAUGGCCUAUGACAGAUUUGUAGCUGUCUGUCACCCCCUUAACUACACAGUCAUCAUGAACCCCUGGCUCUGUUGCCUUCUGCUUAUGGCAUCCUGGAUCAUGACUGUCCUGCAUUCAUUGUUACACAGCAUAAUGGUGUUACAGGUAUCCUUCUGUACAGAUUUGGAAAUCCCCCACAUUUUUUGUGAACUUAAUCAGGUGGUCCAACUUGCCUGUUCUGAUACCUUCCUCAAUGAUAUAGUGAUAUAUUUUGCAACUGGACUUAUAGGUGUUAUUCCAGUCACUGGAAUCCUUUUCUCUUACUUUAAGAUUGUAUCCUCCAUUUUGAAAAUUUCAUCAGCUGGGGGAAAGUGUAAAGCGUUUUCAACCUGUGGGUCUCACCUCUCAGUUGUUUCCCUGUUCUAUGGUGCAAGCAUUGGGGUGUACUUCAGUUCUGCUGCCCAAAACUCCAGGGCCAGUGCAGUAGCCUCAGUGACAUACACUGUGGUCACACCCAUGCUGAACCCCUUUAUCUACAGCCUGAGAAACAAAGAUGUGAAACAGGCCAUGAAAAAACUCUUCAGAAGAGAAACAUUCUCUACAUGA